AUGUACCUGAACCGGCGUCAGGACGUUUACCUGGAGAUGUCCUACAUGUACGACGACGACGGCUACCAGUCCUACUGCACCGUCUGCUGCGGGGGUCGAGAGGUUCUGCUCUGUGGCAACGCCAACUGCUGCAGGUGUUUCUGCGUGGACUGCCUGGACAUCCUGGUGGACCCCGGGGCGUCCAACAGCGCCCGCUACCAGGACCCGUGGCGCUGCUUCAUGUGCCAGCCGCUGCUGCAGUACGGAGUCCUGAAGCGACGGCACGACUGGAGCCUCAAGCUGCAGGAGUUCUUCGCCAACGACAAGGGACAGGAGUUUGUGAGUCGCCUCCACCACUCCUGCAGAGAUUCAGCCACCGGCUUCAUUUAUGUCGAAUUUAUUUUUUUACAGACACGACAAAAAUAGAAAAGUAGGAAAAAA